AUGGCAUGGACCUACAUCAGUACAGCAUCUCGAAUGAGUCAAGCUAUGGGCUUACACCGCAUAGCUUCUCAACAGGACCACAGCUUUGACUCUGAAACUCGUCAAAAGUCCAAACUGUUCUGGGCCAUGUUCAUAUUGGAGAAAAAUCUUUCCCUGCAACUCGGCCGAUCUUCCACUCUCCGCGAUCACGACAUCACGGUCCCACUGAAGGCCAUCAAGAUGGGAUACCAGAUAGGGGGCUCGCUAGGCGUUCUUUCUCCAAAAUGGCUACGAAUGUCGCAAAUUGAGGGCAGGGUGUACGAUGAGAUCUACAGUCCAGAAGCACUACAUCAAUGCGCCAGCACGAGGAACUCCCGAGCUCGGAGUCUGAUAGCUGACCUGAAGGAGACCGUCAAUGAUACAGACUCUUACGAGAGCGAGUUCCCUCAAGAAAGAAGACGAAUACUCGGAAACACAAUCGACGACAUCUUCAUUCAAUGCGACAAGAUCUCACACCUAUCUCUUAUGUGCUUGAUUUACCGUAGUAUUUGCCAGAACGACGUACCUUUCUGCGAAGAGUGCAUCAGCACAGCUAGAGAGGCUCUUGAAGAACACACAAGAAGCAUGUCUCUGAUCGAUUCCCGCGACACCCACCUAUUUGACAUGACGCUUCUUUCAUCCACCUUCGUCCCAUUCUUUGCCAUCCUUUGCAAUGCAAUUUGGACAGUGAACACCGUAGACCUCGAGCUCCUAGGCUCGUUAGUCAGUUCUCUGGAGGCUGGUCAGGACCGGGAUACAUUUAGCGCCAAUCACCUGCUUAAAACCUUCCAACCGUUGUACAAUGCAGCGUUCAAGUACAUUGAGGCAAAGUCUCAUUCUGCCUCAAGGGCGGUAUCCGAUAACAUUACCUUCGAAAUGAUAUAUCACCAAACAGCACCUGUGGCAGAUCCAGUACAUUGGCACAACAUCUCGGCGCUGACAUCGCUCGAUCAGUUCAUGUCGCAUUCGGCCUCAUCCGCGGCGAUGGCUCUUGAUGGCACCGGCUUCACUGAUCUAAACAGUAGCUCAUCUGCGUCACAGCCACAGCCGACUGAGGCUACUAUCGAUGACACAAAUUUGGCCCAAUCUAGUAAUGCUCACCAGAUUACCGAAGCAAGGAUGCAGGCUACUCAAUUGGAGGAGUGGUUUCUUCAAAGCCGCCACAUUAUGGACAUGAUGGAGGAUGCUCGUGAUUCUUGA